AUGGCGACAACAGAAAACCAAGAUUCGGCUGAGGCCACCCGGUUAGAAAAUACUCAGACGGAGACAGCAGUAGAUGUGACGCCCUCGAAACCAAUCCAUUCCCUCGUUGUCGAUACUGGUCCUCUAAUUAAGAACGACCCUCCCAUCAGCACACUCAUCGCCCAAGCGCAUGAACUGUACACCCUCCCCUCCGUUAUCUCCGAAAUCCGCGACGCAGCCACAAGAGCGCGCGUCGAGACUACACUUCUCCCAUUCCUGAAACUGCGUAGUCCGAAACCGGAGAGCGUCAAGUUCGUUACUGAUUUUGCGCGACGCACCGGCGACCUCGAGGUGUUGAGUAAACCAGACAUACACUUAAUCGCAUUAACGUACGAGUUAGAGUGUGAGAGAAAUGGAGGUGAUUGGAGAUUACGGAAAACCCCAGGGCAGAAAGGGCUAAAUGGCAAGGCGCCGAAAAGGGACGAAGAUGGCGUUUCCGAACAGAAAGAGGAGGAAAGCGAACCCGCAAACGUGGAGGAAUCCUCUGAAGAACAAAAUAAGACAGAGCAGAUCCCAUUAGAGAUCUACGAAGAGGAGAGUACAGAAGAGAACGCCGAGAUACAGAAGCAACCAGCUAUCCAGCAAGAAACGGUCACCCAGGCACUCGACUCUCUUAGUCUAGAGCCAUCCACAUUGCCAACUAUGGAAACCAUAUCAAAUAACACCACGACGCCAGAAACAACCACACAAGAAGCGCAAGAAGACGAGGACGAAGACGGUUGGAUCACACCCUCCAACCUCAAGAAGCACCAAGCUAAAGACAAGCUCUCCGGCCCCGAGCAACCGAUCCAGAAAUUCCUACAAGUCGCACUCCUCACAUCCGAUUACGCGAUGCAGAACGUCCUCUUACGCAUGAACCUCAACCUUGUAUCGCCUAGCCUAGCGCGCAUCACCCGCGUCAAGACCUGGGUGCUGCGAUGCCACGGCUGCUUCGCCAUCUCCCGCGAUAUGAGCAAGCAGUUCUGCCCCCGCUGCGGACAGUCUACACUCACACGCGUGAGCUGCUCCACGGACUCAGCCGGGAACUUCACCGUACACCUAAAGAAAAACUUCCAGUGGAAUAAUCGGGGCAACGUGUAUAGCGUGCCAAAGCCGGUCCACGGGUCCUCGAGCGGAAAGGCGAAGAAUACAGGUGGUGGGAAGAAUGGUUGGGGUAGAGAGCUGAUAUUGGCGGAGGAUCAGAAGGAGUUUGUGAAGAAGAGUACGGAUCAGAGGAGAGCUAGGCAAAGGGAUCUUAUGGAUGAGGAUUACUUGCCGGGGAUAUUGACGGGAGAUAGAGGGGCUGGAGGUGGGAAUGGGAGGGUUAGGAUUGGUGCGGGGAGGAAUGUAAAUUCGAGGAAAAGAUGA